AUGGCUUUGUCAUCGCGUCUGUAUCAAGCUUACAGCUCGAGCUCUGAUGAUGAAAGUGAAGAGAUGCCUAAGAAGGUUCAGUCUCAGCGCUUCAUCAUGCCUCAGAGCGAUAGUGAAGAUGAAAAACGUGUGGUUCGUAGCGCAAAAGACAAACGACAUGAAGAAAUGACUAACCUGCUGAGAAGUCUCAACAAUCACAAAAAGAUUAAAGAUAUGUCUAGGGUGGAAACUGCUUUCGAUGAGCUCGUAAAACUCUACGAAAAGGCCCUCAAAAUGAAUGAAAUUGAUGUCUAUCCCACCUUCUAUAUUCGUAUGCUCGCUCAAAUGGAGGACUUUGUAAAUGAGUCUUGGAGUGAAAAGAAAACUCUUAGUAAAGUUGCUGCUAAGUCUCUUACAAUUCUCCGCCAAAAAAUUCGUAAGUAUAUCAAGGAAUUUGAGGAACCAAUCAAAAAGUAUCGUGAAAAUCCUGUUGUUGAAUCUGAGCCUGAAGAUGAGUUAGGUGAUACAAAGUUAGCUUCGUCUGAAAGUGAAGAAGGUCCCGUCAAGUCAAAGACGAAGCCUGUUGUUUCUAAAUCUUUUGGUUCUGAUAGUGACGAUGAUACUGAUGACUUUUUCGAUUCCUCUGAUGAUUCGGAUUCAAGUGAUGCUAUCUCCCUCAAUCAGAUGGCGAAUCCUGCUGAUUACUUCUUGAAAGAUCCUUCUAAAUCUACAAAAGAUAAAAAACCCAAAAAAGAAUCAAGGCGAAAGCCGGCUAAGCAAGCUGUAAAGCCGGAAAGCGGGGAGUCGGAUUUUGGUUCUGUUGAUGGUACUGUGUCGGAACCCGUCGUUCAAGCUUUUGAGAAGGGUGUGGAAGUUACCGAACAGUUGGCAAUGGAUAAGAUUAAAGAAAUCCUUGCAAAUCGUGGUAAACGCACAUGCAGCAUUUCUGAGCAAAACCAACUUCUUGAUCAAGUCUGCAAGAAAAUUGAGGAGAUGGACUUUAAGCCCAGUAUCCAAGUGAAAGGUAUUCUCUCUUUGAUCACCGUCAUAUUUGAUUAUGAGUCAAAACAUGCGGCUUUUAUGCCUGUUACGGAGUUCCAAAGGUUUGCUUGUUUUUGCACUCUUUUCUUGAUGAUUUCAUUUCGUCUGAACUAUAUUUUUCUAUUUAGGGCUAUUGAGUUGAUGCAAAAGGUCUUCGAAAUAAUUGAUGAAAAUCCUGAUACUAUCGAGAUUUCUGAAACUUUUACGGAGGAGACAGAAUCAAUUAUGGUAAGCAGGAUUGUGAUUUUGCGAUGGUUACCAAUUAGUAGUUUUAUUCGUGAAAAGCAAUUGGGAUACAGUUCCCAGUUUUUACGCAGUGUAAAAAUUAAUGUGGUACUAAUUAUAACUACUGAAAUGUCAGAUAAAAGUAGUGAGCCUCCUUAUCGUGUACGUGGCUCACUCCUCAGUAAUGUCAGUCGUCUUGACGAUGAGUACUUCAAAAUCCUUCAAAAUGCCAAUGGCCAUGAAAUGGAGUAUGACGAAAGACUUAGGGACGAGCCAAAAAUAUGUAAAUUGAUUGAUCAACUCAUCGAAUAUUUGAAAAAGGUUGGCGCUCCAUCGGAAGCUCUAUGUAAAGCCUCUUUACACAAGGUUGAACACAUGUAUUACAAGUUUGACUACGAAUGGGGCAAGAAGGUUGAAGAAGAAGGUAUAGAAGCAGCUGGUCCAAACCCAAACAUAAAAGCAAUCGAGACGCUCUGUCACUACAUAUACAAAUAUGACACUACCGACAGAAUGCGAACUCGUGCUAUCCUCUGCCAUAUCUACUUUUUGGCACUGCAUGAUCAAUGGCAUAGCGCUCGGGAAUUGAUGCUAAUGUCAAACCUUCAGGCGACUAUCGAUCAUGCUGACCUUGCAACCAUGAUUCUCUUUAACCGAGCUAUGGUCCAAUUGGGUAUGUGCGCAUUCCGUCAGGGUCACAUUAAGGAUGCUCAUUCUGCUCUCUGUGAUUUGACUGGUACUAGCCGAGUCCGGGAACUCCUUGCUCAAGGACAGCGCUUUGAUCGCACUAAGGAGGACGAGAAACGCGAUAAGGCUCUUCAAAUGCCCUAUCAUAUGCACAUAAACACCGAACUCAUUGAGACUGUAUUCCUUAUCUGUGCUAUGCUUAUUGAAAUUCCUCUUCUAGCUGCCUCUCAAGAUAAUGAGAAUAGGACAAAAGUGUUCAGCAAAGCCUUCAUGACUGUUCUACGAAUCCACGACCGCUCCUCAAUGACUGUACCCCCGGAAUCCCCUAGAGAUCAUGUUCUCGCUGCUUCCAAAGCCCUUCGUCACGGUGACUGGAAAAAGGCUACCCAAUUUAUCUUCAGCCCUAAAAUGAAUGCCAAGAUUUGGAUCCUCUUCUACAACGCUAGUGCGGUGAAAGAAAUGGUCGAAGAGAAGGUUAAGGAAGAGUGCUUGAGAUGCUAUCUCUUCACUUAUGCUCAAGUUCACGAGUCAAUUAGUUUGCAAAGGCUGGCAGAACAUUUUGACUUCCCAAGGGCUAAAGUCUAUUCUAUUAUUAGCAAGAUGAUAAUAAACCAGGAGCUCGCUGGUUCUCUGGAAGUUCCAGCUGAUUUCUUGACCAUUCACAAAGGUGAGAGGUCUCGUUUCCAAAUUCUCAAUAUUCAAUUGGCUGACAAAAUCAAUAGCAUCGUGGAGAUGAACGAGAAACUAAUCGAUAGUCGAGGGGGACAGACUGUUGGGAACAAAGGAGGUCAAAAUUAUCAAGGACGUAAGUAG